AUGGAUAGAGAAGAAGCCUCUAAGCACAGGGCAGUCAUGAACUGGCUGAAUCCUAUCCCCCCUAGGUAUCCACAUGAUCCCCCCAACAUCCUCUCCCUCGACCAAGCAUUACAGCUAGUAGAAAGCGUGAGGGACGCUGAAUCCAAACGCCCACGCAAAAGGAAGGCUACUCUUCGCCAAAACCAGCGAGACUGUCACUUAUGCGGCCAGAAAGGUCAUACAGCAAAGGAUACGGCCGAAGACGGCUCAUUCAAGUGUCCCACCCGCACCACAGACGCCCAAACCAUGUCAACCGAACUCGCGCGUCUCCGCGCUGAAUUCACCACCGAACUCGCCGCUGUACACCAAAAAGAUGAGCAAAAAAACCCCCUCCUCCAACAAAGUCAGGACCAAAAUCAACAUCAAAAUCAACAAGUCCAACAAAACAUAUAUCAUCAUCCACGCCCCCAACAACAACAAAGAACCCUAUACCACCGCCACCGCCACCCCCAAACCCAAGCCGCCUACACCACCGCCCUCCAAAAAAGCAACCGCAACCUCCCCAUCUGGUCUGUAAAUUACUUUGAACUGCACCACGCGCUGCAACGCAAGUCAGGAUUAGCACGAUUUGUGGAUUUUAGUGGCAGGACGCAUUUUGUGCGGUUGUAUAGUGAGGGGUUGAGGAGGUAUGUUGAAGAGGAGAGGGAGAGCGAGAGAGAGGAAGAAGGGGAGGAGAGGGAGGUGUUGUGGCCGAAUGUGCAGGUUGUUGUUGUUGGGAGAGGGGUGGGGGGGAGUUGA